UAACUAGCUGUGCUUCUUGUACUGGAUAUCUACAUUUAACGUUCUUGCGGGGCAAAUGGGUGUACUUCUCCGCACCUUUCAUGAACAGUUACAGUGCAUUAGUAAACGUCAGGUGAGAACGCUCAAACAAACGCAAACUGAUCCCUUUAAGAAAACUUUUUGGUCCUGGGUAAUUGCAAUCCCUACAGCAGUAAUUGGAUUUGUGGCAGUGAAAUAUUUUAUCGACAACCAGCGUAAAAUAGAAUUGAAAGAAUUACAAAGAGCAAGACGUCAACAACAGCAGACUAAAAGUUGAAAAUUUCCCAUAAAAAUCUUGAUGAUGAAUUGUGCAAAAAGUAUUCGAAGAGUUCUGGUCUUAUCUAAACAUAUCCAAGGAGCUCAGGUUUCAUCUCCUGUCUCAUCGAUCAGCAAAAUGCGACUAGCAAGGUGUUUCUCUUCAGCCUCUUUUGCAGGAGACGAUGUUUUGUUUGAACGUAUUGGUGGAGCUGGAAUUAUAACUCUGAACAGGCCAUCAGCAUUAAAUGCUUUAAAUCUGUCUAUGAUAAAAAAAAUAUUUCCAAAAAUUAAGGAAUGGGAAGAAGACCCAGCUACUACAAUGAUUAUAAUGAAAGGUGCAGGUGGUAAAGCUUUCUGUGCUGGUGGUGAUAUUCUAUCAAUAACCGAGGAGGGAAAAAAGGGAAACUAUGAAGCAGGUCAAGAGUUUUUUCGUUCUGAAUAUCAGUUGAAUUACAGAAUAGCGACGUGCCUUGUUCCUUACAUUGCAUUUAUUGAUGGAAUAACAAUGGGGGGUGGUGUAGGAUUGUCGGUUCAUGGUGAAAACAGGAUUUGCACCGAACGUACUUUGUUUGCAAUGCCUGAAACUGCAAUAGGUCUUUUCCCUGAUGUUGGAGGUUCCUACUUCCUGCCACGACUAAGCAAACAUCUUGGAAUGUAUCUUGCUUUGACGGGCUUCCGACUGAAAGGCAGAGAUGUUUACAAAGCAGGUGUAGCUACACGUAUGGUUCAUAGUACCGUCCUACCUCAACUUGAACAAGAUCUUGUUGCAAUGGAGAAUCCAUCCACACAGGAUAUAACAGACUUACUUCGUAAAUAUCAUGAAGAAUGUCAAACUGGGAGGGAACGAGAUUAUCUCAUCCUUCGUGAUAAAGAAGAAGACAUAAAGAGGAUGUUUUGUGCCGAUUCUGUGGAAGAAAUUUUUGAGAAUUUAAGGAAUGAUGGAAGUGAGUGGGCACUUGAACAACUCAGUGUGAUGGAAAAAAUGUCGCCUACUUCGUUAAAGAUCACCCACAGACAACUAAGUCUUGGGGAAAGUCUUGAUCUGAGUGAGUGUUUGGAAAUGGAAUACAGGAUGGGCAGCCAAUGUUUGAGACAUCCUGACUUUUAUGAGGGGGUUCGUUCCGUUCUUAUUGACAAAGAUAAAUCACCGAAGUGGAACCCAGCUACUUUGUCUGGUGUAACGGAGGGUAUUGUAGACAAGCACUUCAUACUGCCCUCUGAUGGUGAAGAGUUGCAACUGUAAAAGUCUUCCUGUCUGUUGUUCAAUUUGCAUAAUUGCUUUUUACUUUCGUUUCAAUUUGUUCUCUUUUCAACGAGUUUUGCAAUUUUAAAAACGGAUCAACAAACGUGAAGAACGGCUAAGUUCAAUUCUUCAGCUUCUGAUUCAAUAUCUUCAAAGCAAGCUUUCCAAAAGUAAUUUAAACAACUUAAAAAGGCAGACUAACACCUUUAUAACCUGAUCCAAUACAAAUUGCAUUCGUUUUUUUCUUCAGGAUAUUCUCUGUAAUUCAAGGUGGUUCAUUUCGCAGGUGUUAAAGUCGCAUAAAAUAUAAUUUCGUUUUGCGUUACCCAUUCGGUGCGAAGUUUUAACGUCCGAGUUUCAUCCACCAAGCAAACGACCGCUCGGAUGAAAUGCAUGCGCUUGUACAAUGCAGUGUUAUCACACCACAGUAGCUUGCGAAUAAAUAGUCCGACGUUGG